AUGUGGUGUUUGCAACUAGUGGAGCAGAAAGUAGAUUCAAACACUAUGGUUGAAGCCUACAUACCUGUAAUUAAUUCUGUUAUAAAAAACCUUAAGUAUAGAUUCUCUAAAGAGAGUUUACUCAUGGCAUGCUCUGUUGAAUGUUUUAUGAAAAUGGAUUUUAUAGAAAGUUCAUAUUUUAUAAAUCAUUACAAGGAUAUUUUAAUUAUGGAUAUUCAUGCUUUCAAAUCACAAAUGACUGUAGCAAGAAACUGUAUGAUUACUAUUAAACCUGAUUUUGAUAUUAAUGAUAUAUUAGCAAAGUGA